ACGGUCCGGGUCUCCCAGCAUCAGACGCACAUGUCUGCUCUCCUGUGUUAUGUUCACGGUUGCACCAGUGUUACACUGUAUUACCGGAGCCGUGAGCACUGCCACGCCGCUGUUUGCUGCCCACGGAGCGCCGGUGGACCGAGACAAAGCUCGCAGAGGACCAGAAGCUCCGUGACACCGGGAUUUCAGGAGCAAACCGUCGCUGACACGCAUCCCGGCGUGACUACAGGCUGCUGGACUCCACCGGACUGAAGGCUUUGAGGCAGGCUGAGCAUCACCAUGAAGUCGUGUAAGAACUGCGGCAGCUCAGAGAUCGAUGUCGAUGCGUCGCGCGGAAACGCCGUCUGCAUGAGCUGCGGCUCGGUGCUGGAGGACAACAUCAUCGUGUCCGAGGUGGAGUUCGUGGAGACGGGGGGAGGAGGAUCGCUGGCCGUCGGACAGUUCGUCUCUGCAGAAGGUGGCGCCAAACUUCCAUCCUUUGGAGAUUCUCACUUCACAGGUGUUGGGAAAGAAUCCAGAGCUCAGACGCUGCAGAGAGCUAAGCAGCACAUCAACACUCUGGGUCACCAGCUGCAGAUGAGUCAACACUGCUUGGACACGGCCUUCAACUUCUACAAGAUGGCGCUGACGAAACACCUGACCCGCGGCCGCCGGUCCGCCCACGUCAUCGCCGCCUGCAUCUACCUGGUCUGUCGCACCGAGGGAACGCCACACAUGCUGCUGGAUCUGAGUGACCUGCUGCAGGUCAACGUCUUUGUCUUGGGAAAAACGUUCCUCGUUCUGGCCCGAGAGCUCUGCAUCAACGCUCCAGCUAUAGACCCCUGCCUGUACAUCCCUCGCUUCGCUCAGCUGCUGGAGUUUGGAGAGAAGAACCACGAGGUGUCGAUGACGGCGAUGCGACUGGUCCAGAGGAUGAAGAGGGACUGGAUGCAUACUGGACGGAGGCCUGCAGGACUCUGUGGAGCAGCUCUUCUCGUAGCCGCUCGUCUCCACGACUUCCGUCGCACCAUCAAAGAAAUCAUCAGCAUCGUGAAAGUUUGUGAAGCGACGCUUAGAAAAAGAUUGGUGGAGUUUGAGGACACGCCCACCAGUCAGCUGACCAUCGAGGAGUUCAUGAAGGUAGAUCUGGACCAGGAGUGCGACCCACCAUGUUUCACCGCCGGACUGAAGAAAAUAAAAGCCCAACAGCUGGAGAUGGAGCUGAGGAAGAAGAUCGAUGAAGUCUCAGAUGAAAUUCAGGAAUAUCAGGAUGAAAUCGACGCUGAGCUCGAGAACAGCCGACCCAAACUGAGAGGGAUUUACGCCGCCUACACUAGAGAUGUUCCAAACAGUGACAUGCUCUCCUCGUCGUCAAAGUCGGCAGACGGUGAAGAACUCGAGGACAACGACGAGCUCCAGGCCGUGGCCAAACACUUUGGCAGAGAUCUGGAGGAGCUCACUCUGGAGGCUUUGAUCAAACUGGAGCAGAAGAGGCCAGAAGAGGAGGAGGAAGAGGAGGAGGACGUCCCCAGGAGGAAGGGCCCGUCGCUGGAGUCCAUCCUGGGACCGAUGCCUUCGUCGGCCACCCUGGGCCUCCGUGAGUCCAUCAACACCUGCACGGAGAAGGAGAACGAUGGUGCUGCUGACAGCGGAGAGCUGGACCUGAGUGGGAUCGAUGACAGCGAGAUAGAGCUGUAUCUGCUGAAUGACAAAGAAGUCAAAAUCAAGACGGCGCUCUGGAUGGCGGAAAACUCCGACUACCUCAAAGAGCAGAAAGAGAAAGAGGCGAAGAUAGCGAAGGAGAAGGAGCUCGGCAUCUACAAAGAGAGGAAGCCGAGAGGCCCCUCGAGGCGUCGCCCUCCGAUCCGGGCCAGCACCGCCGACGAGGCCAUCGAGAAGAUGCUGGAGCAGAAGAAGAUCUCCUCCAAGAUCAACUACGACGUGCUGAAGGACCUGGACGUCAAACCCGGCUCCAGUCCGGCUCGCAAGGUCGAGUCUCCGAAGAAGGAACCGACGGCCGCCAAGCUGACCAGACGGAACCGGAUGCCGGCCAGAACUCCGCUGAGCCUCAGUACGCCGCUAAGCUCCCUGGGAAAAAGGCUGAAGCCCUUCAUCAGUGGACAGCCCAACAAGAAGCAGGCGGUGGAGCAGGCGUCCAACCCCCUGCCGGUGGCGGUCGGAGCGCCGGGCGGAGAAUCGGUGGUGGUGGAGAGCGGACCGGUCAUGUACGACGACGGAGCCGCCGAAGAAGAGGACGAGGACGAGGAGGAGGUUUGUGUCAGCGCCAUGGAGCUGAUGGGAGGAAACGAUUACGGCUUUGACGGAGAUGACGAUGGAUUCUAGCGGUUUGAUCUUCAUCGCCGACAUCUACAGACAGUUUUCAAUCCUCACGUGUCUUAAAUGUUUACAGUAAGAGACACCAGAAGGCUUCAGACGGGAGCUGCGACACCGAGCAGGACGAAGAUCGUGAGUAACCGAACGGCAGUAAACAAACAUCUGACUGCUGGACCAAAGUGGACUGAGUGGUGCAUUGAUCGGUGCUGGGAACGUUCCGCUAAACGUUCUGGUUGGAUUUGCAGGUCAGAAGAACCUGAGGUGUUGAAAGUAGAGCUGCAAAAUUCGACAGUUUUGAUGAGUGAAUAAUUAGUUUAGCUCUUUGUUGUUGCACCUCAUGUUAAAAUGAACAGAUUUGGGUUCAAGCUGGGGCUGCCACUGACCAUUAUUUUCCAAUUAACUGACUGAUUGACUACUUUAGAGGGAUAGAACGGCAUGUGCUGCUGCUAUUACUUUAAUUCUUGAUGAACUGAUUAGCUGUUUUUAGUUUACUGCUACAGAGGUGGGAAAAAAACAGAUAAGUCAGAUAAAUUAGCUGUUCUUUUAAAAAAAAACUCUAAUUAGGUGAUUAAUUUAACAAUCGUAGAAGCUCUAGUUCAAACAAGACACUAAAAGAAACCAUUUUGGUCUCGUAGAGAAAACAGCUGAUGGAUCAAUUAAUAAAACCUUUAGUAAAUAAUAACUAUAAUUAUGGGAUGCAGCUGUAAUUUGUCUAAACGUUUGGACGAUUUUGCAACUCUUCUGUCAACAGAAUUAAAAUUACUUUUAAUGCAGAGUAAAGACUUUCCUUAUGCUAACAAACAGUCACUGAAACGCUGCUAAAAACAAUCUAGAAGCAUCGCAGUCGCCUGAAUUUAGCCCAGUUUAGUGGUAAACCUCUUCUGACCUGCACAACACCAAAUCAGAGUUUACCGUCAGGCUCUUACCGGAGGACGAAAGCUGAAGAAAUCUGUCUGUGAAGACGUUUGUGGCUCCUCUGGACGGCUUCGUUGAGGAACGCUUGUUGUAGCAAAAAAACUGAAGCAGAAGAACAAAAUGCAAAAAACUAUUUAUCCUGAAAUCUGCACUCUGGAUUCGUAACGCUUAAAGGGGAAGUUUAUGUUCUGGGAAGCUGGAUUGUGUGAGGAACUUACGGUUAGUCGGCUGAUUUUUGUCUUCGUAGAACAGUUGUGGAGCUUCGUAUUCGUAGAUAAAACACAACGCUGCAGAUCACCUGUUGGGUGGAGUCUCAGCAGCGUGAUCCAGUCGCACUAAGAUACCUCUGGAGAAGAUCCCUUUUGCGAGUUGUGCACUUCGUAACGCUGCUUCAGAGGAUUUGCACGUACGAAUCUGAAGUUCUACAGUCAUAAAACGUCGUGCCAACCACCAUCUACUGGUUUAAAGAGUUCCUCAUAGAACCCUGUUUUCCAAAGAAGCUGAGCUGUUUAACCUUCGAUGACUUCUUCCUGAUCCUCCACAGCGACGUCUCCAAGAACAAGCAGGCAGCGUGAGAUCAAUCCUCAGUAUUUCAGAUCAAUAUUUAUUCUUGUUUUGCCUUAUAGGUGAUUAGCGGACAGACAUAUUACGUCUGCUUGAGCCAAAAUAUUAAUAUGAUGUUGCCUUCUAACUAUAUAAAUGUAUUUAAGAAGUUGCGGGCUGUGAGCCGAUGUGUGAUGAUGCAAUUUAAAUUCAGAUGAAGGUUUGAAUAUGAUGGUUUUUUAUUUUGCUGUUAAUUUGGUUUGGGUUUAUUUCUGUGAUGGAACUGGUUCUCUAUGAUUAAUUUUAAAGUGUUCUCUACCAUGUGCUGCCACACAGGUAUGGAAGACUUUCUGUGCAGUGCCGAUCGAUUAUUAUUAUUUUUUUCUCAUGUUUGGAAAAUGGUACUUAGAGGCUGAAGGUGGUUGUGGCCUUUUUUCACACAGUGAUGACUAAAUCUGCUGCUGUUAUGAUGUGACUUCUGCAUAAUGUGUGCCUUUGCUGCUGCACUAAAGAUUUCACACCAACAAAGAA